AUGACGGAACGGAAGAUCGAUCAGAUUGACGAACACCCUGAUCUAUCAGGGCAGGAAUCCAAGACCCGUCUUUUACAUCUACCACCGCUGCAAAUCAAAACGAACAGCGUAACGGGCAUGAAGCGUGUGUUGGGUGAGCGUGCCAACGCCAUUCUUGCAUCAAAGGACGCCAUUUCUCCAGAUAUAUCAGCUAACGUACACACACCUAAUUCUAGCGACGCAUGUGGCAGGCUCAAUCCCAACAUGAAGCCUAGCCGCUCCACCAAGGCUACUUCUAUCUGUGGAUCCCCUACAGACUCUUUACGUCGCGAACGGCGCUACUCUCUAGCGGAACAGGCCUUGGAGCAUGCACUUAAGAGUUGCACAAGCGAACGGUCGCCUCGAGAACUUCAGAUUCUUGCUUUGGAAAAAGCGACGGCUGCGCUGGGUGCGCGUGCGAAUGAAUCAAGGGACCGUGCUGCCAAGUUAAGGAUCUGUCUCGCAGAUAGAGCGGUCGAUCCACAGAGCUACGCUGCCCUGCAAUCGGAUCGCUGGAUGGAGGAACGAAGGCAGUCUGCAGUAGACCGAGAGGUUCGCCAAUUGAGUCAGCAUCUGGCUUCACUCAAGUUGAAAAGGGAUGCGCCCGAGCAAGGAAGGGUCAACGAGAAUCUUCCAGCUACACCCCUCGACAACGAGGCAAGGCGCCGGGCUAAUCUUGCUAGAUUUUUUGAACGAUCACACACGAGGAAAUCAUUACACAUCCACCAUAAGUGCAGGCCUCUUUUCGUUGACUGCAGCUUCUCACGCCGAAUCACCAUGAGCGACGUUUCACCCCUUCGUCUCCGCCCGUCGACCAGUGUCACUCGGAGGUUAACAACACAGCAUACCCGUCCAAAAUCGAUUGGUGAGCCAGCUGUUCCUCCAAGACGCUCCAACAAACCACGGGUCGCAAGCGGGCCAACUAGACCAUCCUCGCUAGUUAGAAAUACAUGUCAUUCCAAUGCGGAAUAUUCUUCCACAUCUUUGUCGCAGUCAUCGACCCCUUCAUCUCGCUUGCUGCCAUUUAAUGAGACUGAUGACGUGACUUCUACUCGGCCUUCUACUCCUCCAUUAUCCAUUGCAUCGACAUCGUCAAAUGGGGCAUCACAUGUGUCACGUGUGUCAUCAGAGACAUCACUACAAGCGCCUUCGGGGGGCGUAGCGACAAUCUACGCAAGUUCUUCGCCACGCUCGCAUACGGAGAUCCUUGCGGAACUAGACAAGGACUCGGUCCGCGUGCCAGAGUAUGCUGUGAACCUACUAGAGGGGUUCGAUCUCAUUCAUCAUGACAUUGCUCUUCCAAAGAGAGAGAUCUCGUUGAAGCCGAAGGAAGAGGAGUCAGCAGCAGAAGUUCCCCGUCCAUCGGAAGAAUCGGACACGGGACCUUAUACCUCAUUCGCUCUCCCUCCGUUCCAACCAGAACCCUCGUGGUCCCACACAUCACUCAACACGCCUUCUACACCGCGGUCGCACGUGCCAACGCUGCACCCUCUUUCUUCUGGCUCAUCAACGCCCUCAGGCUUGAGUAUGGCGACGGGCUCGCGGCCCCCUACGUUGCCCUUGCGGCCACACUCCCUCCUGUUCCUCAUGCGGAAACGCAAGGACUCCCAGUACAGCUUAGCGUCAUCGUCGACGAACCUAGAUGGGGACGGUGCGCGUGGAUCGAAGCGGCGUUUUACGUUAUUCACGAGGAAGUAG